AUGACCCUGCACUCGAGGAGCAUGACCCCGGAAAUUGGGAUGACAGCAGCUGAGGAGAUGGAGAUGGAGGUGGAUAACGAGGAACAGGAUAACACUCAGCAUCCAAGCAAUAAACGCCCACACCAAAGUAUGAUCGUCGUGAAGCAGCCUUCACUGCCAGCGUCUAUGGCAUCCUUGUCGGCGAAUACCCCCAGCUCAUCCGCACGGACGCUUGCUUCAUCAUCCCACAUGAUAUCACAAGACUCGCAGACCUCGCUUAGAACCGGCCAGAAAAAGACUGCGCACAAGUGCAGCCUUUCAGGGCGUGUUCAAUCAGGAACGUUGGAUGUGCUUGACCAAGUGGGGUCUCUCACCGACGAUAUGAGCUAUAUCUACUCUGUGAAGGAAUCUGCCCCCAAGUACAAAAUUGCCAAGGUCAAUGCGCUCCACCAUGAGCACAAUAUAUAA